GAGUCUCACUCUGUGGUCCAGGCUGGAGUGCAGUGGUGGGAUCUCGGGUCAUUGCAACCUCUGCCUCCUGUGUUCAAGCGCUUCUUGUUCCUUAGCCUCGCAAGUAGCUGGGAUUACAGCCUCGCCACCACACCUAGCUAACUUUUGUAUUUUUAGUAGAGGCAGGGUUUCACCAUGUUGGCCAGGCUGGUCUCGAACUCCUGGCCUCAAGUGAUCUGCCUGCGUCAGCCUCCCAAAGUGCUGGGAUUACAGGCAUGAGCCACCGUGCUGGCCUUAAUUUUGUCUUAAAAUGAACUAUGACUAAUAUGUAUUUCUAUAUGGGCCUUUAAGGGUCUUGAAACUGACAGAAAUUAAUUCAAAAGAAUAAUUUUACCCAAAUGUUUGGGCGCAUCAUGAAUAUAUACCUUAAAGUUCUUUUAAAAAGCAUGCGGUAUGGUAUUUUUAAAAUUCUUUAAAAAAAUUACAUACAGUCAAUCUUCUUAUCUAGGCUUCCUAGCUAAAACUUUCCUACAUUGGGUGAACCAUUAAUAGUUAUUCCUAGUCUUGAUUUAAACAACUUAAAUGAUAUUAUGAUUUUUGUUUGUAACUGCAAACCAGAAAAUAUCUGCAUGCAGGUAGUAAUUUCCUAGGGUAGACGCAGCAGGUAGAUGUUGGGAUGGCUACACUCACAAAGCCUGAUGGCCCGUUUCCUGAACAUGCGCAAUCACUUUCUAGCCUUUCCACACCAUCAGAAUAUUGCACAGAAGUAUGUCAGUCACAGGAGUGUAAAGAGUAACAUUUAAACUAUGGUAAUAUUUUCAUUCAGUAAGUUUCUCCCCUUUCCCUCCUUGGGUUAGAUUCAGUCCCUGAUUUUUUUAGGCCCUGGGGCGCAAGCAUCCACUUUCUCAGACUCCCAUUCACCAGAAACCACCCAUUUAACUUGCUCUGGGGGCGAGCAGCGCUUGUGACUGGGCAACCUGUGCGUCAGCGUCCCCGGUGCUUCGGCGCUCCGGCCAGUGGCGGCGACCAAACCCAGCUAGGUCAGAUGAGGUAUUGAUCAGCCCAAUGAGCGCCUGGUGAUUCUCGUAGUUAAUCACACUGGUUCAUUUCGUUCGAUCCCGGAGGCAGGAGUGUUUGGCUUGUCCCUGCGUGUCACGGCAGGGUGACCCUAGCCCCGAGGGAGGGCGGUGGUACCAGUCCUGCUGGCGGCUUAGCGCCGCGGGACACGUGUGCACUUUCAGCCGGGUCGCAGGGCACUUAUCGCGGCCCGGCAGUCGGGGCCACGCCUCACCCCCGCCCGCGAACCCCCCACCUGAGGAAACCCGGGGCGCUGGGGAGGGGCCACUGCGUUCAGCUCUGGCCGUCCACAGUCAGAGGCGCGGGUUAGGAAGUUCGUGUCAGCGCUGCCUGAGCUCUGUCCCUUGGAAGUCUUGGUCUCCCCAGGCCGCCACCUGCCGGCUCCCAUCGUGACCUCCAGUCGCAGCGCCUCCCGCGCCAGCCGUCGCGCUAGGGGAGCGCUCGGGCGCGCCCGGUGUCGUUCGGAGAAGCGGUUGUGCGGCGCGCGGGCUGCGUGCUGUGCCCACACAAAAGGUUCUGGGCGCGCAGGAGGGAAGAGGCAGUGCCCCCCACUCCCACUGAGAUUGAGAGACGCGGCAAGGAGGCAGCCUGUGGAGGCGCUGGGGAGGAUUUAGGAACGCACCGUGCACAUGCUUGGUGGCCUUGUUAAGCGGAAACUGCUGCUUUAGGGUUUGCUUGGAAGGUCCGGGUGACUCAUCCCAACAUUUACAUCAUUGAUUGUUAAAGCUCUGCCUCCGAGCGCACGCAUCCUGAGAUCCUGAGCCUUUGGUUAAGACCGAGCUCUAUUAAGCUGAGUGAGUAAAUGAAAGAUAAAAACUCUCCAGAUGUCUUCCAGUAAUGUCGAAGUUUUUAUCCCAAUGUCACAAGGAAACACCAAUGGCUUCCCCGCGACAACUUCCAACGACCUGAAGGCAUUUACUGAAGGAGCUGUGUUAAGUUUUCAUAACAUCUGCUAUCGAGUAAAAGUGAAGAGUGGCUUUCUACCUUGUCGAAAACCAGUUGAGAAAGAAAUAUUAUCGAAUAUCAAUGGGAUCAUGAAACCUGGUCUCAACGCCAUCCUGGGACCCACAGGUGGAGGCAAAUCUUCGUUAUUAGAUGUCUUAGCUGCAAGGAAAGAUCCAAGUGGAUUAUCUGGAGAUGUUUUGAUAAAUGGAGCACCGCGACCUGCCAAUUUCAAAUGUAAUUCAGGUUACGUGGUACAAGAUGAUGUUGUGAUGGGCACUCUGACGGUGAGAGAAAACUUACAGUUCUCAGCAGCUCUUCGGCUUCCAACAACUAUGAAGAAUCAUGAAAAAAAUGAAAGGAUUAACAGGGUCAUUCAAGAGUUAGGUCUGGAUAAAGUGGCAGACUCCAAGGUUGGAACUCAGUUUAUCCGUGGUGUGUCUGGAGGAGAAAGAAAAAGGACUAGUAUAGGAAUGGAGCUUAUCACUGAUCCUUCCAUCUUGUUCUUGGAUGAGCCUACAACUGGCUUAGACUCAAGCACAGCAAAUGCUGUCCUUUUGCUCCUGAAAAGGAUGUCUAAGCAGGGACGAACAAUCAUCUUCUCCAUUCAUCAGCCUCGAUAUUCCAUCUUCAAGUUGUUUGAUAGCCUCACCUUAUUGGCCUCAGGAAGACUUAUGUUCCACGGGCCUGCUCAGGAGGCGUUGGGAUACUUUGAAUCAGCUGGUUAUCACUGUGAGGCCUAUAAUAACCCUGCAGACUUCUUCUUGGACAUCAUUAAUGGAGAUUCCACUGCUGUGGCAUUAAACAGAGAAGAAGACUUUAAAGCCACGGAGAUCAUAGAGCCUUCCAAGCGGGAUAAGCCACUCAUAGAAAAAUUAGCGGAGAUUUAUGUCAACUCCUCCUUCUACAAAGAGACAAAAGCUGAAUUACAUCAACUUUCCGGGGGUGAGAAGAAGAAGAAGAUCACAGUCUUCAAGGAGAUCAGCUACACCACCUCCUUCUGUCAUCAACUCAGAUGGGUUUCCAAGCGUUCAUUCAAAAACUUGCUGGGUAAUCCCCAGGCCUCUAUAGCUCAGAUCAUUGUCACGGUCAUACUGGGACUGGUUAUAGGUGCCAUUUACUUUGGGCUAAAAAAUGAUUCUACUGGAAUCCAGAACAGAGCUGGGGUUCUCUUCUUCCUGACGACCAACCAGUGUUUCAGCAGCGUGUCGGCCGUGGAACUCUUUGUGGUAGAGAAGAAGCUCUUCAUACAUGAAUACAUCAGCGGAUACUACAGAGUGUCAUCUUAUUUCCUUGGAAAACUGUUAUCUGAUUUAUUACCCAUGAGGAUGUUACCAAGUAUUAUAUUUACCUGUAUAGUGUACUUUAUGUUAGGAUUGAAGCCAAAGGCAGACGCCUUCUUCGUUAUGAUGUUUACCCUUAUGAUGGUGGCCUAUUCGGCCAGUUCUAUGGCACUGGCCAUAGCAGCAGGUCAGAGUGUGGUUUCUGUAGCAACACUUCUCAUGACCAUCUGUUUUGUGUUUAUGAUGAUUUUUUCAGGUCUGUUGGUCAAUCUCACAACCAUUGCAUCUUGGCUCUCAUGGCUUCAGUACUUCAGCAUUCCACGAUAUGGAUUUACGGCUUUGCAGCAUAAUGAAUUUUUGGGACAAAACUUCUGCCCAGGACUCAAUGCAACAGCAAACAAUACUUGUAACUAUGCAACAUGUACUGGCGAAGAAUAUUUGGCAAGGCAGGGCAUCGAUCUCUCACCCUGGGGCUUGUGGAAGAAUCACGUGGCCUUGGCUUGUAUGUUUGUUAUUUUCCUCACAAUUGCCUACAUGAAAUUGUUAUUUCUUAAAAAAUAUUCUUAAAUUUCCCCUUAAUUCAGUAUGAUUUAUCCUCACAUAAAAAAGAAGCACUUUGAUUGAAGUAUUCAAUCAAGUUUUUUUUGUUGUUUUCUGUUCCCUUGCCAUCACACUGUUGCACAACAACAAUUGUUUUAAAGAGAUACAUUUUCAGAAAUCACAACAAACUGAAUUAAACAUGAAAGAACCUAAGAUAUCAUGUAUUGCAUAUUAGUUAAUCUCCUCAGACAGUAACCAUGGGGAAGAAAUCUGGUCUAACUUAUUAAUCUAAAAAAGGAGAAUUGAAUUCUGGAAACUCCUGACAAGUUAUUACUGUCUCUGGCAUUUGUUUCCUCAUCUUUAAAAUGAAUAGGUGGGUUAGUAGUCCUUCAGUCUUAAUACUUUAUGAUGCUAUGGUUUGCCAUUAUUUAAUAAAUGACAAAUGUAUUAAUGCUAUACUGGAAAUGUAAAAUUGAAAAUAUGUUGGAAAAAAGAUUCUGUCUUGUAGGGUUAAAAAAGCCACCGUGAUAGAAAAAAAAUCUUUUUGAUAAGCACAUUAAAGUUAAUAGAACUUA